ACCAGGACUCCACGGAAUUCCAAACUAUUUAACCAUUCUACUCUAACUACCCUUCUCUCAUUCAGUGAAAAUAUGGAUCUUCAAGAGUGGGAACUUCUUCCUGAUAAUGGACUUCUUGAACUCCAUGAUGAUGGAGAAACCAAAAUUUUCUAUGCUUCUCAAUUUGUCGACUCAACAGAGCACUCAUCAAGAGUGCCAAAUCAACUAGUUCCACUUCCAAUUCAGAUGAAUCCAAGUAUACAAAAACCCCAAGAAGAUGAUGUGGUUACUAAAGAAGUUAUCACUGAGAUGGUAGAAGAUGAGCAGGAUCAAGUGUCUCAAGUUUUCUUCAAGAAAAUGAAGGAAACUGAAUUUGAAAACAUGAAACUGGACUCACCCAAGUUCAGUAACAAGACUCAUUCUAUGUCUCAAAUUGAUUCAAUGAAUUUCCCUUUUGAGGAUAAAGUUGAAACCUUGGAUGUAGAAAAAGAGAGUGUGAUCAAGAAAAGGGACAAUAUGAAAGCAGAUAUUGAAGAGAAGAAUGGUGGAUUUAAGCUAUGGAAAUGGAACUUGACUGGAGUUGGUGCUAUUUGUUCCUUUGGGGUUGCAGCUGUUGCUGCUGCUGCUACACUUUGCAUCUUUAUUGGAAAUCACCAAAAACAGAAACAGCAUAAGCAGAAUCAGAAGCUUAAAUUCCAAUUUUCUGAUGACAAGAAAAUGAAGCAAGUGGUUCAGCAGCCUGCAACAAAAUUGAAUGAAGCAAUUUGUGGAGUCAGAGAAUCAGUUCCGAUAACCGAGAAACGCAUCACAGACUUUGAAGGGUUACUAUUAUGCUCCUUAGAGCAUAUUCAAGACUGUUUAUCAGUCUCUUGAAUCGUUUUAACCUUCCAUUAGCAAUGGUGGAUUCAACAAUGAGUAGAAUUGCAGGUUCAACAGAACUCACUAUCUCGAUAUCGUACCUUAUAGGUAUGUGAAAUAAUUUAUAAGUGUAGGUAAAGUUAGAUCUCAACUUAGAAGUCCCGACGUCUAAAUUGUAGAUCCUAGUAUCUAAACAUAGGAUCACUAUACAUGUUGCAUAUAUACUUGAUUCCAAUUUCCCAUGAGUUUGUACUAAUUAAGGUCACUUGUACUGGAAACUGCAGUUUGGUUCAGAGAUAUACACAACUAUUUUAAUACUA